UUGUUACGUCAGAGGGCAACAAAGGUAGCGUCAAAAUGGCGGACAACAGGUGCUCUUUGUAAACAAAUACCUUACUAGUUUAUCACACAUUAAUCUUAAAUAUGCCGGGCAAGAAGAAGGGUAAAUCGAAGAAAGGAAAGAGCAAGAAGAGUAGCAGCAAAUCUUUAAAGGAGAAUGCGUCUCCCGCCGACCCAAUAGCGCCCGCCUAUGUCCCUCCUGCUCCUAAGCCAGGCGAAAGUCUUGUUAAACUAUUGACAUCAAAUCCAGUUGACGAAAAAGAAGUUCAUGGAUAUAAAAUGUCAAAUAGAAUAUUAAAGAACCUGACAUCACAGGAAAUCAGAGAUUUAUUGGUUGUGUUUGAACUGUUUGAUUCAAACAAUGAUGGGUAUAUUACCUCUGCUGAACUUCGGCGUGCAAUGAGAGCUCUAGGUUUUAAAUGCAGCAGAGAGGAUGCCAAACAAAUGAUUGCUGAUGUCAACUUGAAGGGCAAAAGUCAAAUAGAAUUUACAGAAUUUCUGGAAGUGGUCAUUGACAGACAGGGAGACUCCAGAGACAUGUAUGAUGAAAUCCUCAAAGGAUUCAGCAUGUUUGACUUUGAUAAAUCAGGUUCAAUAUCAUUAGACAAUUUGAAAAUGGCUUGUGAAGAAGCGGGAAUAAAAUUUACACAGAAGGAACUAGAGGAAAUGAUUGAAGAAGCUGACAUUAAUGGCGAUGGUCGGGUGGACCAAUCAGAAUUCAUUCGUAUUAUGCUCCAAACAAACCUUUUCUAAUUGGAGAUCAAACUUCUUUCUACAAACAAUGCACCGCCUGUGAAUCUGUGAUGUGUGUGUUAUUGUUAUUAAAUUAUGUAUUGUUUUAUACAUGUACUUGCCCUUGCAAUUUUUGAGAGAUUAAAAUUGUUCUGAAAAUUGAA